AUGGCUGUCGAGGCCAGCGUGUCCCGCCGCUCUUGCGCAACGGUGCUGGUAAUUUUUGCGCUGCUUGUAUUUCUAGCUACGAUCGUGGAAACCGUAAACUCGAUGUCUAAAGGUGCCAUAUGCUGCUCAGAUUCGCCAUAUGCGGCUAACGACAGUGUAUCGGUCAAGCGACAUUUGAAGACAAACGCGGCCAUGACAGCAAAUGAUCUUUCUGAAGAGAGGUCUGGCAUUUCGGGACUUCGUGAACUCGGUACUAAACUGAAAUCAAGUUUGUCAACGGUCAUCGAAAAAAUUCAAGUGAGGUGGUGGUGGCUUUGGGGACGAAAACAGGAGGAUAUGUUGAUAUCUCUUAAACGCCGUUACAGCCUGAAAGGUGAAGAACUAGUUAAAAGUUCGGCCUUUUCCAAGUGGUUGGCUUUCGUUAAAUACAUCUCGAAAGACCCGGAAUCUGUAAUGUUCUCCACCUUGGCACGUAAUUACUAUGGUGACGACCUUUUCGAUGUGCUAGCCUCCGCCGCUAAAGCGUAUGAUACGAAGAUCAAGGAAUGGUUAGUUAAUCACCAAAAUGCUAAUGCGGCGUUCAUGGAGUUGAUGCUUCACGAUAAAACGGCCGAACUUUCUAAAACCCCCGGCUUUUUCAGGUGGCUUGCUUUCCUCGCUGCAAAGGACAGAGAGUCCUUGAUAUCUGAAAUGUUCUCGACCUUAAAACUUCAUUACUCUGACGAUAAGCUUGCUGAUGUGCAAGAAUUCGCUGCAACGUAUGAUACGAAGAAGUCGUUAGCUGGCCACCAAACUGCGGGUGCCGCGUCCGAAAAGCCAGAUACGAAGAUUUUGAAUGCGCAUGCUGGUCACCAACCAACGGAUGCCGCGUCCGCUAAGCCACAUACAAAGCUCAUGAAUGCGCAAGCUGGCCACCAAUCUGUGGAAGCCGCGUCCGCCAAGCCACAAACAAAGCUCAUGAACGCGCAAGCUGGCCACCAGUCGGUGGAUGCCGCGUCCGGAAAGCCAGAUACGAAGAUCAUAAAUGCGCAAGCUGGCCACCAAACUGCGGGUGCCGCGUCCAGAAAGCCAGAUACGAAGAUAUCAAACGCGCAAGCUAGUCACCAAACAACGGAUGCCGCGUCGGCCAAGCCAGACACGACGAUCAUGAACGCAAAAGCUGACCACCAAACUACAAAUGCCGCGUCGGCCACGCCAGAUACCAAGCUCAUGAAUGCGCAUACUGACCACCAGUCGGUGGAUGUUGCGUCCGGAAAGCCAGAUACGAAGCUUAUGAAUGCGCAAGCUGGCCACCAAACUGCGGGUGCCGCGUCCAGAAAGCCAGAUACGAAGAUAUCAAACGCGCAAGCUAGUCACCAAACAACGGAUGCCGCGUCGGCCAAGCCAGACACGACGAUCAUGAACGCAAAAAGCUGA